AAUUAUAAUAGAGAAGAGAGGCCAGUUCUCUCUUUAAUUGGACCACUCUGUGCUAGACUAUUCGGUGGGCCUGAACCAGCCAACUAAUCCUUAUGCCCUUAUCAGCUCAGACUAUGCAGAGCAAAGGAAGACAAAAUUACAGGGAAUGCGUUGUGUUAGUAGAAAGCCUCGCAACCAUCACUGAUUGCUUCCGAAGAUACAAUCCAGAUUGCAAUCGCAGGCACCUCGCGAUGCCAACCGGCAGAGAACUGCACUGCAGCCCUGGGCAAUCCGGAGCCGUCACAAACAGCAACUCCCAGAUAAGGAACCUGCGGGGAUGACAGACAACCGUCCAAACGGAAGGAGGGACACGAGGCCAGCCCGGGUGGGAGGGGUAGGUGGCAUUUGGAAGCAGAGUCCCUCGUCUCGCGCUUGGCAGCUCGUGGCGCUCUCGCGAUGUUUCCCCGCCGCGGCUGCUGUUGCCGCCUCAGCACCUUCGCUCGCCCUGUCACUCCGCGGACCCGGCUCUAUGGCGGCGCUGCGAAGUCUCUUGGGCUGGCGCCGUUGUCGUCUCCCACCGGAGGCGGCCCCACGCCGGCCGCUGUGGGGCUUGAAGGCCGCCGGCUCCGGCCGCGAGGGGACCCCGAGCGGGCUGAGCAUCGCGGCCGCGGGGGCUGCUGGCGGGGCGCUCGCUUGGCUCGCCUGCUAUCACUACUACGACCGCCGGCCGCACCAGUCGCCCCCCGCGCUGGGGCUCGGCAGCCGGAGGGAGCGAGGAGAAGCCUGGCCGCCGAGCCAAGGCCGAGGACUGCAGCCCAUCCCUGUGGCGGCCGCUGCCAAGGAGAUGAUGGUCACAGAAAACAGACCAGAUCAUGAAGAUUUAGAGCUUUAUGCAACUUCCCGGGAGCGGCGAUUUCUAACAUUUGCCAGUUUAAAAUUUGAAGGGCAGCUAUUUAUGACACCAUAUGAUUUCAUCCAGUCUGUUUCAAGUGAUGAACCAAGACAGACAAAACAGUGGAAGACACUAUCAAAACAGGAAUUGAAUCAGAUACUUAUUGAAACUCCACCAGUUUGGAAAGGAUCAUCAAAGCUUUUCAGGAAUCUCCAAGAAAGGGGUAUAAUUUCUUACACGGAAUAUCUCUUUUUACUAUGUAUCUUAACAAAACCACAUGCUGGUUUUAGAAUAGCAUUCAACAUGUUUGAUACAGAUGGAAAUGAAAUGGUGGACAAAAAAGAGUUUUUGGUGCUGCAAGACAUAUUUAGAAAGAAAAAUGAGAAGAAAGAAAGAAAAGGAGAUGAAGAAAAGCGUGGAAUGCUGCAUCUCCAGCUUUAUGGAUACCACAGUUCUACUAAUGUGCUCAAAACAGCUGGAGAGGAUCUUGUUCCAAGAAGCUAUUGGGACACUCUGAGACGUAGCACAAGUCAGGCACUCUUUUCAGACCUCACAGAGCGUGCAGAUGACUUUACCAGUUUACAUUCUGAUACUACAUUGCUGAUACACUUUUUUGGAAAGAAAGGAAAGGCUGAGCUUAACUUCGAAGAUUUUUACAGGUUUAUGGACAACCUCCAAACUGAAGUUCUUGAGAUAGAAUUCCUUUCCUAUUCUAAUGGAAUGACCACCAUCAGUGAGGAAGACUUUGCUCAUAUACUAUUAAGAUAUACAAAUGUGGAAAAUACAUCAAGCUAUCUGGAAAAUGUGCGCUGCAGUAUCCCAGAAGAACAAGGCAUUACAUUCGAUGAAUUUAGAUCCUUUUUCCAGUUUUUGAACAAUCUGGAAGAUUUUGCAAUUGCAAUGCAAAUGUACAAUUUUGCAAAUCGUUCAAUAGGACAAGAUGAGUUCAAGCGUGCAGUGUAUGUGGCUACUGGUUUGAAGCUUUCAUCUCAUUUAGUGAACACAGUUUUCAAGAUCUUUGAUGUAGACAAGGAUGAUCAACUGAGUUACAAAGAAUUUAUUGGUAUUAUGAAAGACAGAUUGCAGCGAGGAUUCAGAGGUUACAAAAGCAUACAGAAAUAUACCACUUUCAAAUCCUGUGUGAAGAAGGAACUCAAUAGCAGACAAUGAAAGACUUCGCAUAUGGUUGAAGAACUAUGGUGUUUGCGUGAUGACUGAAUAGGGAAGCACUUUGUAAACUUUGGAAGCACUUUUUGAACUGAAAUAAGCUAAAGUGAAUGCCAAGUAACCUCUACUUUUGAUCAACAUUAAUGCUUUUUUUUUUUGCAAAUUGACCACAGAAAUCAGGAACAGACCAUUAGACCAAACAUUUUUCAGAUGAAACAAUAUUUCAAAAUUCUGGACUGUAAUUCUUAAAGCAUUCUACCUGUUUGAUUCAAAAUACGACUCAUCUGCUUUUCCUGGAAAGGAUUCAUGUGUAUAUUUUUUAAUGUGUAAUGUAGUUUUUGACUGGUCAUCUGCAGAUUCUUACUCACUUUCAGUUUCUUCCACCAGACUAGAGUUAUGAUGUAAUGUUUUUCCCCAGUAUUAUAUUUUAGUCAUGUUAAGCCUAUGCUAGUAGAGAAAAUUGAAAUGUAAGUACUUAAAUCAAAAAAAAAGUAUGUGCAGUUACACAUGAAAAUGCUUUAAAAGUUUUUCAGUGCAGAAAAGGUAGAGCAAUCUAAUAACUCAUUAUGCAUAACCCAUAUCAGGGACUUCACAAAUAGCAUGAUUUGUGCAUUCAUCAGUACAUUUACCUGUACUUUUUAGCAGGGUGAAACUGUUUCAUUUAAAUUCAUUUAAAUGGUCAGGAAGUCUAUAAAAAUACAGAUGUAUUUAGAAAUGUAUUUUUAAAAAUCAAGUGUAGUUUAUUUUCUCAUGCCAUUCCAUUUUUGUAGUUCGUUUCUUAAGCUGAUUAAUGUGCCUAUAAUAAUUACAAUUAUAUAGGAGAAAAUAUUUCCUUCUAGAAUUAUCACAGGAACAUAUAUUCAAAGUAUGAAAUGAGGUUCAUUUUUAAACAAAAUCUAAUUGUGUGGAUAAAAAUUGUAAAGCUAUCUAUCACUAUGAAUUAUUAAGGUUUAUAGUAUAGAAAGAACCUAAGAUUUUUUUAAAGAAAAAUCUAUAGACUAUUUAAAUUAGAUUUUUUUUAUUCAAUUCUUAUGUUUUUCAUUAUUGGCAUUCAGAUUAAAUAAAAUUAGGCACUUUAAUUUAUUUGAUCUAAAGAUGGUAGCUUUACUUCAGCACUUUACUAUAACCUUGUAGAUUGAUCAAAGCAUAUUGAUUUUAAAUGUUACAAUGAUGCAUAAUAAUAUAAAAUAAAUGUAUAUUUAUUUAUUUAUUCUAUGCUGUUAAUGAAACAGCUUGGAUACUAACAAACUGAGCAAAAUUCUAUUUAUAAGAUGGAUCUCUUGCUCUGGCUUCUCCCUACAGCUCCUCCUGUAAGGGCUUCUGAAACCACAGGUUGUGAUAAUAUGAAGAAUCACCAAAGAUCUCCUUUUCAAAAGCAAAAAUCACUGUUUAGAUUCCAAACUAUUCUUUUUUGUGCUUUCUUUAGAUAAUCUACUAAAAUACUUUAGAGUCGGUAAAUGAAGAGAAUUCAGAUCUCUGACAUAAAACUUAUAGUGGCUUUUUAAACUGCUGCUACUUAUCUGGCUUUCAUAACUGUAAAAGGAAUGCAAUACCUGUAGAAAUAUCAAGCCAUAUUCAGCCACAAAACUUUACUAAUUUUUUUACCUACAAGAUUUAUCUCAUAUCUUUAUAUAAGCAAAAGGAUUAUAAAUGUAGCUUCCAUUAAUACAGGGGUGUUAAGCUUACGGCCUGUGGGCAAUAUGCAUCACGUGCUGACCACAUCCACCUCCGGUUUAGUGAAGGGGAAAAAAGUUGUGAUACGUCAUGUGAGGACGUGUCGUCAAAAAUUUGACACCUCUUCAUUAAUACAUAACAUUAGCUCACUUAGAUUACAGCUCUAUAUGAGAGUGAGCAUAGUAGGGAGAGCUAGGAGGCACUGUUCAUCCAUAGCCUCUUUGCCUUGCAAAUAAACCCUGAAACUGGAAGGAUAAUAUUCCUCCCUCAUUUCUGCUUUUUUACAGUAAUUUAGUAGGGCUCUACCUAUAUCAAAGAUUAAAAUAUCAAAGUUUCCUAAAAUAGCAAAAUAAUUAUGAUAAAUCAGGUCCAUACGUUAUUGAAAACUGCAAGGAUAUAAUUUUGUUUUUUUAAAUAAUCAAGAGAUACAAUUUUCUUAUAGCUCCUGAAUACAUGAAUGCAAUACAGUUUUUCAUUUGUGAUCCAAGGAUUUGUUCAGAUGCUUACCAGUUACCUGGCAGAGCAUAUCCACAUUUCCAUCAUUACUGGUUCCUAUUAAAUAAAUAGAUGUACAAAUAAGCAGGGUUGAAUCACAUUGCCUCCUUCUGUACUGCCAGUUUUUGAAGGAUGCUAUAAAUCUACUAUGAACCAAUCUAACAGAGUAGCACUGGAUUUAUAUAUUAUCUGAUAGCCAGCACUGGAUUUAUAUAUUAUCUGAUAGCCAGCGCUGGGUUUAUAUAGUAUGUGAUAGCCAGCACUGGAUUUAUAUAGUGUCUGAUAGCCAGAAGUCAGAGAUUACCUGUGUCCUUAUGCAUGUUUUAAUUUUACAUAACAACUAAUUAUUUCAUUAAAAUAGAAACUACUAUUAUGGAAUGAGGUUUAUAUUGGACUUGAUCUAAACAUUUUGCUACAUGAAGAGGAAAUGCUUGUGUCUUCUCUAUGUCUUAAAAAUGUAUAAAGAGGGAAGCGUACAGUUUUUCAGAUUGCACAGAGUAGUAUGGAAAAUGAUAAAUUAAUGAUGACUUUUUUUCACCAAAUAAAAAUAUUUCCUUCCAUUAAGAACCUCUUAUAGGUUAAUUGGAAUCAAUUAAAUUAGAUGAUAUAUAACUAAGUUUAUGGUGUCAUACUGAAUUAACAAAAAGAUUUCUUAAAAUGCAUAAACUGAAAACAGAAAAGCUGAGACUGCCUUAAAGUAGCAAAUUUUAGGAAGAACAUAGAUGAUGAUUUAGGACAAACUGGAUAUUUGUCCAUAUGUCAAAUAGAGAGAAGAUAUUGUCUUGCUUUUAGAAAUAAGACCACUAUGAAUAAAAACAAGAAAAAAUGUAUGAAUUUUUCUUCAAAAUGUGCACGGCUGUUAUUAAAACUGAACAAAGUGCAAAAUUAA